AUGUCGAGUUACACUCGCAGUGAGCUUGGCAGCGUGGGUCAGCUGGGCGGCGGUGCCGGUUGGACGAAACCUACGAACAUGGGCCAGACGCACCUUCCAACCGACAGAUGCCGGAUGCACACGACUGCUAUCUUAACUGGCAUUGCUUGGGCCUUGGGAAUACGCCGCGCAAAGGACGGAGGAAAGUACAAAGGGAAAGCUUUGGAGCUGGAAAUCGGG